AUGCUUGGGUUCUUCGUCGCCCUGAUGCUGACUUCGCUGUUGACCGAUAUAAUCAAGAAUACCGUUGGAAGGCCUCGUCCUGACUUGAUCUCGCGCUGCAUUCCCCGGAAGGGAACUCCGGAAGACUCCCUAAUUAAUUGGAAAGUAUGCACGCAGUCAAACCAACACGUUCUCCAGGAAGGAUGGCGGAGCUUUCCUAGUGGUCAUAGCAGUUUUUCAUUUGCCGGGCUGGGAUAUUUAUCAUUCUUCGUUUCUGGCCAAAUGCACGUUUAUAGACCCAGAACCGACCUUUGUCGUUGUUUAAUUGCACUCAUACCCUUCCUCUGUGCAUUAAUGAUUGCCAUUUCCCGCCUUGAUGAUUAUAGACACGAUGUGUAUGAUGUCACUUGCGGCUCUAUUCUGGGCACAUUCGUUGCCUACUUCUCGUACCGCCGUUACUAUCCCGCUUUGCAGUCACCAGUUUGCGAUACACCUCAUGAUAAAGAAGGACUUGCCGGCGUAGACGGCUUUGCUAGACUUCCAGGUGACGAAGAACAACAAGUACAGGGCUCUGGACUUGUCUCACGCCAUUGGGUAUCGGAUGAGACGUAUCAACUUAGCGAAUCUCCUUCCCCUGAGGGCAGUAGAUAG